AUGAACCAUACAGACCUAACCAUGAACGAUACAGACCCAACCAUGAACCAUACAGACCCAACCAUGAACCAUACAGACCUAACCAUGAACCAUACAGACCCAACCAUGAACCAUACAGACCUAACCAUGAACCAUACAGACCCAACCAUGAACCAUACAGACCUAACCAUGAACGAUACAGACCCAACCAUGAACCAUACAGACCCAACCAUGAACCAUACAGACCUAACCAUGAACUAUACAGACCAAACCAUGAACCAUACAGACCUAACCAUGAACCAUACAGACCCAACCAUGAACCAUACAGACCUAACCAUGAACCAUACAGACCCAACCAUGAACCAUACAGACCUAACCAUGAACGAUACAGACCCAACCAUGAACCAUACAGACCCAACCAUGAACCAUACAGACCUAACCAUGAACUAUACAGACCAAACCAUGAACCAUACAGACCUAACCAUGAACCAUACAGACCCAACCAUGAACCAUACAGACCUAACCAUGAACCAUACAGACCCAACCAUGAACCAUACAGACCUAACCAUGAACGAUACAGACCCAACCAUGAACCAUACAGACCUAACCAUGAACUAUACAGACCAAACCAUGAACCAUACAGACCUAACCAUGAACCAUACAGACCUAACCAUGAACCAUACAGACCCAACCAUGAACCAUACAGACCUAACCAUGAACGACACAGACCUAACCAUGAACCAUAUAGACCUAACCAUGAACCGUACAGACCUAACCAUGAACCAUAAAGACCUAACCAUGAACCAUAUAGACCUAACCAUGAACCAUACAGACCCAACCAUGAACCAUACAGACCUAACCAUGAACCAUACAGACAUAACCAUGAACCAUAUAGACCAAACCAUGAACCAUACAGACCCAACCAUGAACUAUACAGACCAAACCAUGAACCAUACAGACCUAACCAUGAACCAUACAGACCUAACCAUGAACCAUACAGACCCAACCAUGAACCAUACAGACCUAACCAUGAACGACACAGACCUAACCAUGAACCAUAUAGACCUAACCAUGAACCGUACAGACCUAACCAUGAACCAUAUAGACCUAACCAUGAACCAUAUAGACCUAACCAUGAACCAUACAGACCCAACCAUGAACCAUACAGACCUAACCAUGAACCAUACAGACAUAACCAUGAACCAUAUAGACCAAACCAUGAACCAUACAGACCCAACCAUGAACCAUACAGACCUAACCAUGAACCAUACAGACAUAACCAUGAACCAUAUAGACCUAACCAUGAACGAUACAGACCUAACCAUGAACCAUACAGACCUAACCAUGAACGAUACAGACCUAACCAUGAACCAUACAGACAUAACCAUGAACCAUAUAGACCAAACCAUGAACCAUACAGACCCAACCAUGAACCAUACAGACCUAACCAUGAACCAUACAGACAUAACCAUGAACCAUAUAGACCUAACCAUGAACGAUACAGACCUAACCAUGAACCAUACAGACCUAACCAUGAACGAUACAGACCUAACCAUGACCCGUACAGACCUAACCAUGAACGAUACAGACCUAACCAUGAACCAUACAGACAUAACCAUGAACCAUAUAGACCUAACCAUGAACGAUACAGACCUAACCAUGAACCGUACAGACCUAACCAUGAACCAUACAGACCUAACCAUGAACCAUACAGACAUAACCAUGAACCAUAUAGACCUAACCAUGAACGAUACAGACCUAACCAUGAACCAUACAGACCUAACCAUGAACGAUACAGACCUAACCAUGAACCAUACAGACCUAACCAUGAACGAUACAGACCUAACCAUGAACCAUACAGACCUAACCAUGAACCAUACAGACCUAACCAUGAACCGUACAGACCAAACCAUGAACCAUACAGACCUAACCAUGAACCAUAUAGACCUAACCAUGAACCAUAUAGACCUAACCAUGAACCAUACAGACCCAACCAUGAACCAUACAGACCUAACCAUGAACGAUACAGACCUAACCAUGAACCAUACAGACCUAACCAUGAACGAUACAGACCUAACCAUGAACCGUACAUACCUAACCAUGAACAAUACAGACCUAACCAUGAACCAUAUAGACCUAACCAUGAACCAUACAGACCCAACCAUGAACCAUACAGACCUAACCAUGAACGAUACAGACCUAACCAUGAACCAUACAGACCUAACCAUGAACGAUACAGACCUAACCAUGAACCAUACAGACCUAACCAUGAACGAUACAGACCCAACCAUGAACCAUACAGACCUUACCAUGAACGAUACAGACCCAACCAUGAACCAUACAGACCUAACCAUGAACUAUACAGACCAAACCAUGAACCAUACAGACCUAACCAUGAACCAUACAGACCUAACCAUGAACCAUACAGACCCAACCAUGAACCAUACAGACCUAACCAUGAACGAUACAGACCUAACCAUGAACCAUAUAGACCUAACCAUGAACCGUACAGACCUAACCAUGAACCAUAUAGGCCUAACCAUGAACCAUAUAGACCUAACCAUGAACCAUACAGACCCAACCAUGAACCAUACAGACCUAACCAUGAACCAUACAGACAUAACCAUGAACCAUAUAGACCAAACCAUGAACCAUACAGACCCAACCAUGAACCAUACAGACCUAACCAUGAACCAUACAGACAUAACCAUGAACCAUAUAGACCUAACCAUGAACGAUACAGACCUAACCAUGAACCAUACAGACCUAACCAUGAACCAUACAGACCUAACCAUGAACCAUACAGACAUAACCAUGAACCAUAUAGACCAAACCAUGAACCAUACAGACCCAACCAUGAACCAUACAGACCUAACCAUGAACCAUACAGACAUAACCAUGAACCAUAUAGACCUAACCAUGAACGAUACAGACCUAACCAUGAACCAUACAGACCUAACCAUGAACGAUACAGACCUAACCAUGAACCGUACAGACCUAACCAUGAACGAUACAGACCUAACCAUGAACCAUACAGACAUAACCAUGAACCAUAUAGACCUAACCAUGAACGAUACAGACCUAACCAUGAACCGUACAGACCUAACCAUGAACCAUACAGACCUAACCAUGAACCAUACAGACAUAACCAUGAACCAUAUAGACCUAACCAUGAACGAUACAGACCUAACCAUGAACCAUACAGACCUAACCAUGAACGAUACAGACCUAACCAUGAACCAUACAGACCUAACCAUGAACGAUACAGACCUAACCAUGAACCAUACAGACCUAACCAUGAACCAUACAGACCUAACCAUGAACCGUACAGACCAAACCAUGAACCAUACAGACCUAACCAUGAACCAUAUAGACCUAACCAUGAACCAUAUAGACCUAACCAUGAACCAUACAGACCCAACCAUGAACCAUACAGACCUAACCAUGAACGAUACAGACCUAACCAUGAACCAUACAGACCUAACCAUGAACGAUACAGACCUAACCAUGAACCGUACAGACCUAACCAUGAACGAUACAGACCUAACCAUGAACCAUACAGACCUAACCAUGAACGAUACAGACCUAACCAUGAACCAUACAGACCUAACCAUGAACCAUACAGACCUAACCAUGAACCGUACAGACCUAACCAUGAACGAUACAGACCUAACCAUGAACCAUACAGACCUAACCAUGAACCAUACAGACCUAACCAUGAACCAUACAGACCUAACCAUGAACCAUACAGACCUAACCAUGAACCGUACAGACCAAACCAUGAACCAUACAGACCCAACCAUGAACCAUAUAGACCUAACCAUGAACCAUACAGACCUAACCAUGAACCGUACAGACCUAACCAUGAACCAUAUAGACCUAACCAUGAACCAUACAGACCUAACCAUGAACCAUACAGACCUAACCAUGAACCAUAUAGACCUAACCAUGAACCAUACAGACCUAACCAUGAACCAUACAGACCUAACCAUGAACCAUACAGACCAAACCAUGAACCAUACAGACCUAACCAUGAACCAUACAGACCUAACCAUGAACCAUACAGACCUAACCAUGAACCAUACAGACCCAACCAUGAACCAUACAGACCUAACCAUGAACCAUACAGACCUAACCAUGAACCAUACAGACCUAACCAUGAACCAUACAGACAUAACCAUGAACCUUACAGACAUAACCAUGAACCAUACAGACCUAACCAUGAACCAUACAGACAUAACCAUGAACCGUACAGACAUAACCAUGAACCGUACAGACAUAACCAUGAACCAUACAGACCCAACCAUGAACCAUACAGACAUAACCAUGAACCAUACAGACAUAGCCAUGAACCAUACAGACCAAACCAUGAACCAUACAGACCCAACCAUGAACCAUACAGACCUAACCAUGAACCAUACAGACCAAACCAUGAACCGUACAGACCUAACCAUGAACCAUACAGACCAAACCAUGAACCAUACAGACCAAACCAUGAACCAUACAGACCAAACCAUGAACCAUACAGACCUAACCAUGAACCAUACAGACCAAACCAUGAAUCGUACAGACCUAACCAUGAACCGUACAGACCUAACCAUGAACCGUACAGACCAAACCAUGAACCAUACAGACCCAACCAUGAACCAUACAGACCUAACCAUGAACCAUACAGACAUAACCAUGAACCAUACAGACAUAACCAUGAACCAUACAGACCUAACCAUGAACCAUACAGACAUAACCAUGAACCGUACAGACAUAACCAUGAACCGUACAGACAUAACCAUGAACCAUACAGACCCAACCAUGAACCAUACAGACAUAACCAUGAACCAUACAGACAUAACCAUGAACCAUACAGACCAAACCAUGAACCAUACAGACCUAACCAUGAACCAUACAGACCUAACCAUGAACCAUACAGACCAAACCAUGAACCGUACAGACCUAACCAUGAACCAUACAGACCAAACCAUGAACCAUACAGACCAAACCAUGAACCAUACAGACCAAACCAUGAACCAUACAGACCAAACCAUGAACCAUACAGACCUAACCAUGAACCAUACAGACCAAACCAUAAAUCGUACAGACCUAACCAUGAACUGUACAGACCUAACCAUGAACCAUACAGACCCAACCAUGAACCAUACAGAUCUAACCACGAACCAUACAGACCAAACCAUGAACCAUACAGACCAAACCAUGAACCAUACAGACCAAACCAUGAACCAUACAGACCAAACCAUGAACCAUACAGACCUAACCAUGAACCAUACAGACCUAACCAUGAACCAUACAGACCUAACCAUGAACCAUACAGACCCAACCAUGAACCAUACAGACCUAACCAUGAACCAUACAGACAUAACCAUGAACCAUAUAGACCAAACCAUGAACCAUACAGACCCAACCAUGAACCAUACAGACCUAACCAUGAACCAUACAGACAUAACCAUGAACCAUAUAGACCUAACCAUGAACCAUACAGACCUAACCAUGAACCGUACAGACCUAACCAUGAACCAUACAGACCUAACCAUGAACGAUACAGACCUAACCAUGAACCAUACAGACCUAACCAUGAACAAUACAGACCUAACCAUGAACCGUACACACCUAACCAUGAACGAUACAGACCUAACAAUGAACCAUACAGACCUAACCAUGAACAAUACAGACCUAACCAUGAACCAUACAGACCUAACCAUGAACGAUACAGACCUAACCAUGAACCGUACAGACCAAACCAUGAACCAUACAGACCAAACCAUGAACCAUACAGACCUAACCAUGAACCGUACACACCUAACCAUGAACGAUACAGACCUAACCAUGAACCAUACAGACCUAACCAUGAACCAUACAGACCAAACCAUGAACCAUACAGACCUAACCAUGAACCAUACAGACCUAACCAUGAACCAUACAGACCAAACCAUGAACCAUACAGACCUAACCAUGAUCCAUACAGACCUAACCAUGAACCAUAUAGACCUAACCAUGAACCAUACAGACCUAACCAUGAACCAUACAGACAUAACCAUGAACCAUACAGACAUAACCAUGAACCAUACAGACCUAACCAUGAACCAUACAGACAAAACCAUGAACCGUACAGACAUAACCAUGAACCGUACAGACAUAACCAUGAACCAUACAGACCCAACCAUGAACCAUACAGACAUAACCAUGAACCAUACAGACAUAACCAUGAACCAUACAGACCAAACCAUGAACCAUACAGACCUAACCAUGAACCAUACAGACCUAACCAUGAACCAUACAGACCAAACCAUGAACCGUACAGACCUAACCAUGAACCAUACAGACCAAACCAUGAACCAUACAGACCAAACCAUGAACCAUACAGACCAAACCAUGAACCAUACAGACCAAACCAUGAACCAUACAGACCUAACCAUGAACCAUACAGACCAAACCAUAAAUCGUACAGACCUAACCAUGAACUGUACAGACCUAACCAUGAACCAUACAGACCCAACCAUGAACCAUACAGAUCUAACCACGAACCAUACAGACCAAACCAUGAACCAUACAGACCAAACCAUGAACCAUACAGACCAAACCAUGAACCAUACAGACCAAACCAUGAACCAUACAGACCUAACCAUGAACCAUACAGACCUAACCAUGAACCAUACAGACCUAACCAUGAACCAUACAGACCCAACCAUGAACCAUACAGACCUAACCAUGAACCAUACAGACAUAACCAUGAACCAUAUAGACCAAACCAUGAACCAUACAGACCCAACCAUGAACCAUACAGACCUAACCAUGAACCAUACAGACAUAACCAUGAACCAUAUAGACCUAACCAUGAACCAUACAGACCUAACCAUGAACCGUACAGACCUAACCAUGAACCAUACAGACCUAACCAUGAACGAUACAGACCUAACCAUGAACCAUACAGACCUAACCAUGAACAAUACAGACCUAACCAUGAACCGUACACACCUAACCAUGAACGAUACAGACCUAACAAUGAACCAUACAGACCUAACCAUGAACGAUACAGACCUAACCAUGAACCAUACAGACCUAACCAUGAACGAUACAGACCUAACCAUGAACCGUACAGACCAAACCAUGAACCAUACAGACCAAACCAUGAACCAUACAGACCUAACCAUGAACCGUACACACCUAACCAUGAACGAUACAGACCUAACCAUGAACCAUACAGACCUAACCAUGAACCAUACAGACCAAACCAUGAACCAUACAGACCUAACCAUGAACCAUACAGACCUAACCAUGAACCAUACAGACCAAACCAUGAACCAUACAGACCUAACCAUGAACCAUACAGACCUAACCAUGAACCAUAUAGACCUAACCAUGAACCAUACAGACCAAACCAUGAACCAUACAGACCUAACCAUGAACCAUACAGACCUAACCAUGAACCAUACAGACCUAACCAUGAACCAUACAGACCUAACAUAG